AUGUUGACAAUCAAGGGAGCAGGGCUCGGGCUCGGAGGGCCGACGGGAGGGGCGCGGGGGGCCAGGACGGCGUGCGAGGCGACGGAGUGGGAGUCGGACACGUCGGCGCGGUGUCUGACGGGGUGGGGCUGGGGAGGGACGGGGAGCGGGCGGGCGACGGUGACGGUAGCAGGGAGGGCAGGGAGCGCGACGGAGGCGUACUCGACCGACGCGGCAAGGGCAAGCUCGCUUGUACGGGCGAACGCGGGGGCGACGGGGUCGUCGAGCGUGACGAUAGCCGGGGCAGGGCUCGGGCUCGGAGGGCCGACGGGAGGGGCGCGGGGGGCCGGGACGGCGUGCGAUAUGAAGGAUCGUUGUGGCUGUCAGAAACAAGUCUUGUCUGUCAUGUUUUCUCAGGGAAUCAAUUUUGGUAAACAAGACAUCACCUCAACCUAUCAGAUUGGUCAAUCAAGUUGUGCAAGUGUGCAGUGGACCUCAGACACCUCAAUUGUUUGCACAACCACGGAGAAUGUUACGUCAUGGUGGUGCAAUGAUUGUGUGGCUGGGAAGUACACGGAGUACAUAGACUCUCAGAGUUCCGCAUUCAAUUGCGUAGAUUGCCCGGCACUUUCAACCUCAGCGCUGCGAUCAACCUACUGCUGCGUUUAUUGUCAGAAUGGCACAUGUGACCAGUUGAGUCUGGCGGAAGCAUAUUCCCUGCCUAACGCCUCGUGCGUACCCACAACUCCCACAAACCACAUUCGAGGGGGAGUGCCAUUCGCGUCUAGCUCCUCAGCAGCAGGAUGCUCGUUCAGUGGGCAAGACAUCGGUGGGCAGUACGAAGGCGCAUUGUGCUAUUCGAACAUCAAUGACGGGGUCUAUGGCAGCGGAAGCCAAUGGAAAUCGAAUGCUGAUGACAAUGCAUCGUUUGUGGGGGUUGUGUUCAAUUCAACUCAGAGAGUGAAGUAUGUUUCCAUCGUGGCGUCGUUAACAUCCGAUUACAACUGCACACUAGGUGCAGUGUGGCAACUACAGUAUCUUCCUCUGAAUUACUCCAACGCUAAACCUGAAUAUGGGUCUGCAUACUGGUUCAAUGUUGGAAAUUUCAGCCUGACAACGUGGGGAAGGAACAUAUUUGAGAUAAAUGGAACAAUCCUUGCAAAUGCAAUUCGGCUAUAUUCAACGGCACCUGCCAGCAGUUGCUUAGAUGAACUAGAAACGUUCAGCGAUGGCGACACCAUUCCGAGCGUGAAUACGACAUGCCAGGAAGUUCUUGAUACCAGCUACGGAUCAGAGGGGACGAUCCAAGACGAGGAGACCCGCAUGAAGGUCUUCGAACAGCGCAAACUUGAUCUUAUCCGACGAGCCAUCGAGCUUGUACAUACCUGUGACUGUGAAAUACAAAUGUUCAUAUACAGCAAGUCUCUCAAGAACGGGGACGAACCAAAAGGAUCCUUGACGCAGUACUCCUCUUCAGACGUUGAUCUCUUGCUAGCAAACUUCCUGGACGAGGAGCGUGUUGAAAUUCUGACCGAUCAGGAAUAUGAUAAGUUGAACGCUUUGCAACAGAGCGAUGCGGAUGCGACUCAAGCAAGUGAAGGUUGUAGGCAGGAGACGGUCACUGCGGAUGUUCAAGCUGUGGCAGAUAGGGCUCCAAGCACAGAAGUACAGGCAACGAGCAAUGCCGCUCGGAAGCCAAUCAUGUUGGUAGCCGGGGGAGGAUGUCUGUCAGGGGCCAAAGCGCCUCCUCGUGAUGUGCCUCCUCGCACGCACACGAACGAGCACGGUUUGCCUCCUAGAGAGAUGCCUCAUGCAGUCAAGAGAGACUUGCAUGCUAGUGAUAAUGAAACGAACUUGAACGAGGUCACUGAAGGUUCCUACAACCCUGCGAUUGAAUUCGUCCUCAUUUUCUGCAAGAUGGAAACAGGUCUGGAAACACUAAAGGAAACAGGUCUGGAAACACUAAAGGAAACAGCGAAUGAUGCAGACUUGGACAACGCAGCAGAAAGUAGCACACUAGGUAACAGCGAAUCCUGGAUGCUGAUGGUAGAAGAGCCUUGA